CAUUCCUGCACCUGCACACAUAGGCACUUUAUCAUGUCAUCUUUGUAAAGGCUGCCACGGUGUGGGUUUAUCUGCCAUCAUCAUCAUUUAUCAUUGUCUGUUUAUGGAGGAUUAAUUUUUACAGCAUUUUCAGCAGAAAACAGAAAAAGACUUUGUUCACAAUGCCUUCCAGUACCUGUAAUAACUGUGCCGGAAGUGAUGGUUGUAGCUGUGCAUCUCUCCUGCAGUAUUAAGUAUAGUCUGUGUGCAUGUGUGCAUGGGUGUGGGUGUUCAUAUGUGUGCUUGCUUGCCAGUUGUGGAGUGUGUCAAACCAACAGCAGCAUCAUGUUCUACGGUUCUUCAUCUGGGGCCAGCAUGUCCCUACCAUCCAAGAGCCGCCUGAAACGCCAGAGUAGGACCUUCACACAGGUCUUGUACCGUACUCUGAGCUACCGAGACCGUGUCCCAGCGGAAGGUGGCACAAAUACUCGUGGGGACCGGCGUUCUGUGACUGAACCCCCAGAGCGCCCAGCCGACGACCCGGCAGAACUGUCCACUCAGAGCUCCGCCCCCGGGGUGCUGAAGAUCUUUGGAGAUGAAAUCUGUGCUGGUGCCAACUACAAGAGCGUGCUGGCCACGCCACGCUCCAGUGCGCAGGAGCUGGUCAAAGAGGCUCUCGAGCGCUACUCUCUCAACAAGGCCGCCGCCCACUCUUACGUCCUCUGUGAUGUGAUUGGACGCUUGGAAGGGGGGGGCGCAGGCGGGAUUGGAGGAGGGGGGUGGCGGACAGAAUGUUUGCGAGCACUUGGGGACAAUGAAAAGCCGCUUUUGCUCCAAGAACUGUGGAAGCCCAGAGAGGGACAUGCUCGUAGGUUUGAGUUACGCAGGAGAGCAGAGGUGGAGGAGCUCAACGCCAAGGAUAAGGAUACUGUCACUGCUGGGACCAAAACCCCCCAAUUCCUGGCGGCUCUAAUGGGUCGAUCUGGGCUGGGCAAACACAGGAGCUCCCCCCUGCGGUCUGGUCGAGUGGCACAGUCCAGCUCUAAAGAUAUUAAUGCCCAGGCUCGCAAGCUUCAGAGGAACAGAGCGAAGGGGACCCUGACCUUGCCCCGGCAUAGCAACUCAUCCUUCUGCCGCAGCCUUAGCGAGACCAGCCUCAACCAGCUGGGAGUGGGAGAGGAGCCCAAGCGUUAUUACUCCACCCUGCCAGGACCCCUGAGGACCCGGGUGGGUCGAGAGCGCGAAGGGGCUUCCAGUGGGCGGAGAAAAGAAGAGGGGAGUCAGGGGUCAGGAGGGGUGAAACACUCUCUCUACCAGUCGCCACACUUGCUGCUGCUACAGGGAUACAACAGACAGGACUGCCUGGUGUAUCUGCUGAACAGGGAGCAGCAUACAGUUGGUCAGGAGACUCCGUCAGCUCGCCCCAACAUCUGUCUGUCUUCUCCUGACAUCCUGCCCCUCCACUGCCGCUUACGCCGGGUCCCUGCACCUCGUCGCCACACCAACACCAACAAGGGAGAAGACCCUGCGGAGAGUCAGCGCUUCUGCAUUGCCAUCGAGCCCGUUCUUCAUGCCACAGUCCUGGUGAACUUCUCCCGCUGUGAGCGCUCCACCACGUUGCGACAUGGGGACCUGCUGUCCUUUGGGGCGCACUACAUCUUCUUGUACAAGGACCCCAUGGGCGCCAAGCCACUGCCUGCUCAGACCCUGGCACGCCUACGCACCUUGGGACAGCUUUAUGACACAGGGGUGGAGGAAGUGGAGGGAGGGGCUCCAACCUGUAAGAUGUGUGGCUCGGUGCUGAAGGAGAGAACAGCACAGGUGUCAAGUGUUCCAGCUGUCAGACGCAGCUUCAAGCCCCACCUAGUGAAACCCCGCAGCGUGGGGAGCACAGCUGGAGGGUCACUCAGUGUGGCGGGAAGAGGAGGAGGUGGUCAGAAGAGGAGGCUACAGCUGGAAUUUGACCAAGCACACGAGGACCAGCUGUUGAACAGGAUCGUGUCCCUCAUUGAACCUGGAGGGGACGACCACAAGCUGACGCCGGCCUACCUGCUGUGUUUGUGCAUACAACACUCUGCCUCAACCUUCCCGCCUGGGAGCUUCGGAAAGCUGCUGCUCAAGAUCGUCCGACGCAUCCAGACAAUUGCGUGGGAGAAGACAAAGGAGCUGGCACAGAAGCAAGCUCAGCACCAGGACCCGGCCUCCCUGUCUUUGCUCACUAUCUCAGACCUGGUCCCAGACCUGCAGACCAUCUUCUUCUGGAUGUCCAACUCCAUAGAGAUCCUCUACUUUAUACAACAGAGAGCACCUGCUUACACACACAGCAUAGAGAUACUGCAAGGGUCAAAGGAGUCGUUGCUAUCGGCGACCAUAUCAGCCAAUGAGGAGGCAAUGACCAUCUUGGAGGAAGUGAUCAUGUACACAUUUCAGCAAUGUGUCUACUAUAUCACCAAGUCUCUUUAUGUAGUCUUACCAGGUCUCUUAGACUGUAAUCCAUUCCCAGUCGACAACUCUGAGCCCUGUUGGAAAGGAGGUGUGGGGUUUCCUGAACCUGUUCGCAGGGUCCUACAGGUGUUUCAGAGCGCCCAGGAGCUGCUCCAGGGCUACUUGGUUCACCCAGAGAUUCAGGCUCAGAUGUUUGCCUACCUCUUCUUCUUCUCCAAUGUGUCACUCUUUAACCAGCUAAUGGACAAAGGAUCUUCACGGGGCUGGUUCCAGCGCUCCAAAGUGUUGCAGAUUCAGGCGUGUCUGAGGAUGGUUAUGGAGUGGGCUGGCAGGUCAGGCCUGGGACACCUGGCCGACAAAUUCUUCACCAAACUCAACAGCGCUGUGUCUAUAUUGGCCACGCCCCCCCAACAGCUCAAACAGUUGAGUUGGAGGGUGCUGUCCAGCGAGCACUCCUCUCUGAAGCCGGUCCAGCUGCACAGGCUGCUCACCCAGUACCAGCUCACAGCUGAGAUGGGCCCAGUCCCAGUUUGGCAACCCAGCAGUGAAGAUGAGGCUUACAUAUACAGAACUGUGGACCUCCUGGAGAGCUUCGAGAACCACCCUCCAAUAGUGCUGCCCAGUGCUGGCUUUAAAGUGGACCUGGACAGCGAGUGUGUGGAGGACAGCAUCUACCGACAGCUGCUCUACAUACGCCACUACCUCUGGGGGCUCCGCACUAAGACACAAACACACACCGCCGCUCCUAGUGUGCACACACACUCCAAUGGAACCAACACAGCUGACUGGCCGGAUGUCCAGAGGGAGUUGCUGCCUCCAGCCCACAGCAGCCCCCGUUCUGGGGGUCCUGGGGAUGAAGUGGUAGUGGAGAAAGGGGAAGACAGAGGAAGGGACAAACCCUCUGGCCCGUCACACUGCAGCCUCAGGAGAAAUGGCACUAUCCACCACCCACGGCCAGCAAAUCCUGACCCUUCCUGCCUCCUGACUCCCCCUAAUACCCCCUUGUACCCAGAGGGGGGUGGGCCAGGGCCAGUCCUAGGCCACAACACACAGACUAAUGGCUGCAGUAGCAGGAUUAUGGCAGAAUGUAAAAAGACCAACGGACUCAUCACCAAUGGACUGGAAGGGUGUAUUAGUGGGUGUGACUUUCCUUUCCCUGUACCUUCCCCUGGCGCCCCUCCCCUUCCUGAUGACUUGUGUGUGGUAUUUGUAGUGGAACUGGACAAGGGACCCUACGGACUGGGCAUGGGACUCAUCGAUGGCCUGCACACUCCUCUCAACGCCCCAGGUAUCUACAUCCGGACUCUGAUCCCUGACGGCCCCGCUGCCUCUGACGGUCGGCUGCGGAUCGGAGACCGCAUCCUGGCCGUCAAUGGAACUAGUCUGAUAGGAGCAGACUACCAGAGUGCGGUGGAUCUGAUUCGGUUGGGAGGGGGUCGGCUGCGUUUCCUGGUAGCAAAGUCUGACCUGGAGGUCUCUGAGAAGAUCAGUGCCUCCUCCUGCUGACUGCCUCCCAGCGCCACUGCCCUGCUAACACACACCAACACACACACAUACACACAACACAGGAUGGGGAAGGGAGGAGAGAGAGGGGUAUCUGCGAAGAUGAAAAGGAUACAGAGACACAGGCAUGCAUGUGCACUCCAACACCCACAUGCAGACACACACAUACAACACACAUCAUGAAAUAUGAAUGUGAACCCUAUAGCAUCAGCACAGAACAAAGCCAAGCAAUCAAACUGGAGGUGCACCCCAGGAGGACUCCACUCCGCCGCUGCAGGACCCGCCUCCUACGCCUCCUAACGUCUGCUCCUGCUGUGUCCAUGUGACAGACAGGAUUCCUAACUUACCGCAGCAUGAGAGCAAUACGCCAAACUGAUCAGCAGCUGAGGUGGGCUAGGUCCAGCCAGCCAGCCAGUAUGCAGUCUGAUGUCAUUUAAAGCACAGUAGAUUGUAGGAUGAUCAUUUCUUAACUGGCAGCCCCUGGAGCGUGUGUGCAUAUUAGACUCCUCGGGGCUACAUUUUCAACCUGGCAAAAAUACACACAUAUAUAUAUAUUUGAAUCCAACAGUUUUGGGACAAUUUGCAUUAGUUAUUCCAGAAGUAGCAUGUUAAAUUAGCUACCAAACAAAAUGGCACAGCACUCUGAAACACUUCGAUGCCACUUGACAAUAUCAUGCAUCACAACUCGAAAUAAAAUCAUUUGCAGAAAAGAAAGAAAAAAAAAAAGAAAAAAAAUGUGAACAAAGUUAAAACAUGGCCUCAGUGAAACGUGGAUGUUUUACAUAGUGCUUUUGGAAUGGAAUGUUUUUAUUAAAAAAAAAAAACAAAAAGAACAAAAAAAAAAAAAACUUGUUUUACAGUUGUUAGUAGGUCCCAAAGCACUAUCAGUGUAUGCUGAAUGGACUAAACCAUUGUGUAUGAAUGUUUACUUUUGUACUCAAGAGUACAAGAGCGAUUCAGGCUGGUGAGGAGAAGCAAACUCAAGAAUGUCAUGAUCCAGCCCGGCUCUCAAGUCACUUAUAACCUUAUCAUUUAACAUUACCUCCACUGAAAACAAAAAAAGAACCGUCAAGGCUUGAUACACAUACAGGGAUUGUGCAAGGAGUGUGGGACAUCGUUUAUCGAUCGGCCGACACAUACAGAUGUCCGUAAAACAUUCUUUAAUCAAAGUUUCUCAUAGGUUCAGCUGCACAAUCCCUGAUGUGUAUAAACCACACCUUCAUUGUGAAUAUAUUCUGUAUGUAUCUGGUUAAAAGGUGUAAAUACUUGUAAAUACUUAACAUUUGGUCACAUUCUUGGACAUUCAAAAGAAAAAAAAAAUCCAUAUGGACAGCUACUGAAGAUCAACAUUUUUUUAAACAUCUUGUCAGUUUAACACUUGAACAGUUUUACUCACUUUGCAGUAACAUUUGUUUUACUUGGUGCGUUCCAGUUUGUAUGCAAUCAAUGCUUUUUUCCAUGCAUGUCUGUUCUUCUCUGUUCAGUAUUUAUACUGUUUAGAUUGACAGCACUUAAGAAUAAAGAAUUGGUGAAUA